GCGGCGACCGAGGGGGAGGAAGGCGCCUCACCUUGCCCCCGAUGAGGGGCGGAUCAUGCCAUGGCAGCGCCGGCGAGCGACAGCGGCGGCGGCGAGCGGAGCCCAAGCAGCAGCCCCGGGAGCUCGACAGGAGCCGGGGUCCCCGCGGCGGGAGCCCGGGACAGCGGGGACGCGGGAGCUCGGAGCGCCGCGGUGACGGUCCCCGGCCUCCCUCCGCUCGAGGACUACGAAUGCAAAAUCUGUUACAACUACUUCGACGCGGACCGGCGCGCGCCCAAGCUGCUGGCGUGCCUGCACACCUUCUGCCAGGAGUGCCUGAGCCAGCUGCAGCUCCGCGCCGCCGCCGCCGCCGCCGCCGCCAGCGCCGCGCCUGAGCGCCCGCUGCGCCCGCAGCCCUGGCACGGCCCGCUCGGCACCAUCGCGUGCCCCGUGUGCCGCCACCGCACGCCGCUGCCCGACAGCCGCGUGCACGGCCUGCCCAACAACACCAAGCUCGCCGAGGCCUUCCCGCUGGCCCUGCGCGCCGCGCACGACCCGCUGCCCCAGGACCGCCUCCCGCCGCUGCCGGCGCGCCGCUCCGCGCCCGCCGCCGCCCCGCCGCCCUCCCCGGCUCCGGCCCCGCGGCCGCCGCCCGCCGAGGACGCCGCCCGCGGGUCCCGCGCCCGCGCCGGCCUGCGCGCCCCGGGCGCCUACGAGAGCUGCCAGAACUGCAAGCGCGCCGCGCUCACCGCCGGCUGCGUGUGCGUCGUCUUCUCCUUCCUCUCCAUGGUGGUGCUGCUCUUCACCGGCCUCAUCUUCGUCAACCACUACGGCGGCGGCGGCGGCGGACCUCCCGGCGGCGGGGCGCCCCCUGGCGCUGCCCCGGCAACCGGGUCGCCCUCGCCUUCGCCCGUGGGGCCCAUCUGCCUGUCGGUGGCCAGCAUCCUGGCGCUCUUCUCGGUCGUCGUCACUUGGGUCAUCUGCUGGCUCAAGUACCGGCCCGAGGGUGCGGCCGCGAGCUCCGCUGGGGGCGGCGGGGGUGGCCCGAGGGCGCGGGCGGCGGCCGGCGGCGGCACGCGGAGGAGCGACACGUAG